AUGUCAACAGCAUCGUUUACUUUCAUAAGUAGUCAAUUUAGUAUUUAUGUUGGUUUUUCAAUAUUUACUCUUGGUAUAUUUGGAAAUCUAAUUAAUCUACGUCUGUUAUUUCCUUUACGUAAAAAUCCAUCUUCAUUUCUCUUAUUUAUUUCAUCAUUUUUUAAUUUAAUUGCUUUAUCAUUUGGUCUUCUUCCAAGAAUAUUAUCCAUAGGAUUUGCUAUUGACGCAUCCUUAACUAAUCUAAUCUGGUGUAAAAGUCGUCUAUUUUUCAGCUAUAACGGCACUAUUACUUCAAUAAUAUGCAUCUGUUUUGCUUCCAUUGAUAGAUUUUUUGUUUCAUGUCGUAGUGUGGUAUGGCGUAAUAGAAGCAAUUUAAAAACUGCUAAACUAGUUAUUCUUAUAACCAUUCCAAUAAUUAUCGGAAUAAACAUCCCAUAUUUAUUAUUCUAUACGAUUGUUCAGACGAAAACUGACGCAGGCAAUAUAACUAGAAAAUGUACUACCACGAAUUCUGGUCUAAUUCUUUACGGAAAUUAUUUUGUUCGACCUGUUUUAAUUGGUUUAUUACCUAGUACGAUAUUAUGUAUAACAGGUUGUCUUAUAUAUCGUAACAUAAAUUCAAUAGCUAGUAUUCAAUUACGUGGUACAUUUCAACGAAAUUUAACGUCAAUGGUAUUCAUACAGAUAAUUACAUUUAUUAUUCCAGUAAUGCCGUUUGCUACGAUAAAUAUUUAUCAAUUGUUAACAUCAUCAAUUCAAAAAUCAUCGUAUCGUUUAGCACAAGAAAUGCUUGUUUCUGAUACAACAAAUAUAAUUUUAUAUAUUAGUUAUGCAGCAAAUUUUUAUGUAUAUCUAAUUUCAUCAUCAUCUUAUCGUCGAGAUUUUCUACAAUUUAUUCUAUUUUGUUCUAAUCAAAAUCGUUCGAACAAUCAUGUCCAUCCUCUACCUGGAGUACAAUUUACCCUGAAUCAAAUGUCAACUAUACAACAAUUUCCACGAGUAACACAUUAA